AAAACGAGGAUAUAGUGCAAUGAAGAAGCAACUGGAAAAAAAGAAAAAAAUGAAGUCCCUUCUCUUCACAUUUGUUGGCGUUGUUCACCUUUUAUGCCUGAGCUCUGGGAAAGCUAUAUACGGGAAUGGCAUCUCUCAGAGGACUUUUCAAGAAAUAAAAGAAGAAAUAGCCACCUAUGGAGAUGUUGCCAAAGCCAUCAUCAACCAUGCUAUUUAUGGUAAAGCCCAGAACAGAUCCUAUGAGCGAUUGGCACUUCUGGUUUAUGCUGUUGGACCCAGACUGAGUGGCUCCAAGAGCCUAGAAAAAGCAAUCCAAAUCAUGUACCAAAACUUACGGGAAGAUGGGCUGGAGAACGUCCACCUGGAGCCAGUCAAAAUACCCCACUGGGAAAGGGGAGAAGAGUCUGCUGUGAUGUUAGAACCAAGGAUUCACAAGAUGGCUAUUUUUGGUCUUGGUAGUAGCAUUGGGACCCCUCCAGAAGGCAUUACAGCAGAAGCUCUGGUGGUGACCUCUUUCAAUGAACUGCAGAGAAGGGCCCCAGAAGCCAGAGGGAAGAUUGUUGUUUAUAACCAACCUUAUGUCAACUACUCAACCACAGUGCUAUACCGAGUUCGAGGAGCAGUGGAAGCUGCCAAAGUGGGGGCUGUGGCAUCACUCAUCCGAUCGGUGACUUCCUUCUCCAUCUACAGUCCUCACACAGGCAUUCAGGAAUACCAGGAUGGCGUGCCCAAGAUCCCAACGGCCUGCAUUACAGUGGAAGAUGCAGAAAUGAUGUCAGGAAUGGCUUCUCAUGGAGCCAGAAUUGUCAUUCAGCUGAAGAUGGGGGCAAAGAGCUACCCAGAUGCUGAUUCCUUCAACACGGUGGCAGAGAUCAUUGGGAGCAAGUACCCAGAGCAGGUUGUACUUGUCAGUGGACAUCUGGACAGCUGGGAUGUUGGGCAGGGUGCCAUGGAUGAUGGCGGUGGAGCCUUUAUAUCCUGGGAAGCACUCUCACUUAUUAAAGAUCUGGGACUGCGCCCAAAAAGGACUUUGCGCUUGGUGCUCUGGACUGCGGAGGAACAAGGUGGAAUCGGUGCCUUCCAAUAUUACCAGUUACACAAGGCAAAUAUUUCUAACUACAGCCUGGUGAUGGAGUCAGACUUGGGAACCUUCUUACCUUCUGGGCUGCAAUUCACUGGCAGUGACAAGGCCAGGGCCAUCAUGGAGGAGGUCAUGCGCCUGCUGCAGCCCAUCAAUAUCACACAGGUCUUUAGGAACGCAGAAGGCACAGACAUUAACUACUGGAUCCAAGCUGGAGUGCCUGUUCCUCUGCCACAAGAAAUUGGGAAAACCAAAUACAGUUCGGGUGCCAGUCUACUUGAUGACCUAUUUAAGUAUUUCUCCUUCCAUCACUCCCAUGGAGACACCAUGACUGUUAUGGAUCCAAAGGAGAUGAAUAUUGCCGCUGCUCUUUGGGCUGUUGUCUCUUAUGUCGUUGCAGACAUGGAAGAAAUGCUGCCCAGAUCCUAGCAAGGGCAAGAAAGAAGGCAUGUUCUUUCUUUCCAGCCAGGAGUCCUGGGUCUAUAGAUUCAGGAAGCCCAUCUUCACCUAACAAUCUAAUCUCAUUUGUCUUCAAAGCAUACCCCUUUUCCAGAUUUCUGUUAUCAUCUUUCUUGAUAUUUUCUGAAUUGUCUGUUUCUAGAAUAAGAAAUUAUUCCUGCCCCAACUUAGAAUCAGCAAAUGAUAGGGAUCACAUAGGGGGCAUUUCUUUAUACCACCUGUGAAAAAUAAUCUUCCUAUUUUCAAAGUAAGCACUGAAUAAAUCUUUGGAAGGCCUUUGAUAUUUAUGUGUUUAUUAAAUCAAAUACAGUGACAUCAAUGUUUGUGUUUAAUGUUAUAAAUUGAAGUUGUAAAGGAAUUACACAAUUGUAGUAUGAUCUUAAUUGAAUGUAUGUAGGAAUUUGGCUUUCUAAUUUAUACAUGUUUAUAUUACUUCCAUUCUUUAACUAAGGUUCAGUUUUUUUUUUUAAUUAACAAAAAAAUUUCAUCAACUGGAGAAAAAUCAAGUAUGUAUAAUCCAAUUGCCUUAUUAAAGAUGAAUACUGGGGUCUGUAAUUAGAUAAAUGAUAAUGCCAUUUUAUAUUUAUGUUUUAGAUAUUUCACGCAACAUCUCCAUUGGUUUGGGGUUUGUUCACGUUUUGCUGAUAACAAGGUUGAGGCGCAAAUAGACUGAAUAACUUUCACAGGAUUACAGAGGAAAAGCAAUGAUCACCAUCCAAGGACAGUGACCCUGAAGUAGAGGAUACUAGGGACAGAUAAUCUAAGAUAGGGUAUUUACCUAGAGCAACCUGAGAUAAUGUGGAUUCAUUAUGAUUCAGGAGGGACCAGAAUCAUAAUGAAAAAGCCAAGGUUAUAACUAGGAUGACAAAGGCAAGUGUUGAGGUGAGGUGAGGUGAGGCUGGAAGAGUAAAAGAAGUGUCAGCAAUCAAAAGGGUCUGAGAAAAGAACAGAGAGGGACGUACCCCUCUGCUCAUGGCAAGCAAUUCAGCACCAAGACUGUGAACAGUAAAGCAAUGCCUUUGAUGUGGAGCCUACUCUUCCAUAUAGGGGAGAACUGAUCGUGCAAGUGGCUGGAGAAAAGGCUUCAUGACAGGGACAUGAAAGACUGAGAUGGAAACUAUAAAACAGAAUCAAAUGCAAAUGCUGAAAAAAAUAAUAAAACUACAGUGUCAGUGAUGAUUAAUUUAUUGGUUGGGCUCAUCACACACUGGACAAGGCUGAAGAAGGAAUCAGUGAACUUGAAGAUAGGUCAAUAAAAAAUUUUCAAACUGAAACACUAAAACAAGAGUGAAAAAAACAAACAAACAACAAUAACAAAAAAGCCAGAAUGGAACAUCCAAGAGUUCUAAGAUAAUAUCAAAUGGUCUAACAUACAUGUAAUUGGAUUCACAGAAGAAGACAAGGUAUCAAUUUUAUUAAUGGUAAUAAUUAAAAUGAUUGAAGGAUACAGUAUGGACUUUUAUUUCUGGCAAGAUAGCUGACCAAUACUCUGACCGACCCUCCCAGUGAAAACAUUUCAGAAACUAAAAAUUCUGGAUAACAUUUUAGAAACACUUUCCUAAAUAUAUUAAUGAAUUGGUUAAAAAGUAAAGUGUAAUUAGACAAAAAAAAAAA